GUCUGUAAAGGUCCACAAAAACCUUCUGUGAAGUGGCAAACGUCUCCUGGGCAGUAUUCCUGCGCAUGUCUUGAUUGUGUGCCAAAUAAUGCUUUGUCAUCACUGCAGCAUCUUCUCCAUCCAACUCUUUAAUGACUUUAUAGUUGGUAGCACUUCCGAGAGAGGGAUGUUGCGGUUUUAGUUGUUUUUUGAUACGAUACCAAGUUACUGUAAGCUGGACCCGGCCGAAGCCUGUCGCAUAGACGCUUGGAACGUCAUACGCAAAGAGUUUUCCUUCUGAGAUGGGUCGCCAAGUGGCCUCGACAUUCUUGUACAUAAGCAUGUCACUGUCUCUUGAUACGGCGAUGUCGCCAGGCUUGCAUUCAAGGCCUAUCGUGAGAUCUGCUUCGGUUGAGCACUCGACGAUCGUCCAUUGUUCCUUGCGCAUUUAUACGACAAAGGCGCGUCGAGCGUCGAGGGACCAAUGGGAGGCCGAACUCAAGUGUUUUCUGACGUCGAUGAACUGGUGUUUCUGCACGCGAAGCUUUUAACCCACGCCAACCUCGAGCUCACGCAGAUAUUUGUCGCCGCGUUCAACAGCUUUCUUGCGAAGGCUCUUUCGGUGCACUUGAGUGGGUCCGAAGGAAGGCCGUCCAGGUAAAGAACUAAGUUCGUCUGGGUCCUAAGCUUCAGUAUCUCUCGCUCGACAAUGCGGUGAGCAUCGUCCACAGGAUGCGAGGAAUAGGCGUAGCGAACGGUGACACAAAAUGUC